CUGUAUACAUGUAGCAACACUAACAAUCCCAUCAUAGUUUCUUUCAUCAUUCUUCUUCACUUUCUUACACUACUAAAUACUCUUCUUUCUCUCACUCUAAUUCCUUCUAAGGAUCCAAUAUGGAAAUCAUGGAAGAGUGUUUGGGGUCCAAUGAUCAUUCAAUUGUUAAAGGGAAACGUACCAAGCGGCAAAGGCCGUCAUCCUCCACCUUGUCAUCAAGCGGAGCCACCGCCCUGAUUGGCGGAGACGGAGGAGGAGGUGAGUUUUAUUCGUCUUUUUCCUCUCUGACAACCUCAAUUUCUACAAACACCGAGGAAGAUGAAGACAUGGCCAAUUGUUUAAUUUUUUUGGCACAAGGUGGUGUUUCACUACCGAAAAAUGCGACAUCAAUGACGACGAAAGAUAGCAUAUAUAUUUAUGAAUGCAAAACUUGCAACAGAAGUUUUCCAUCAUUUCAAGCAUUAGGAGGCCAUAGAGCAAGUCACAAGAAGUCGAAACCAUCGGAAAAUGAUCAAAAAGAAACUCCGGUCCACAUCCGGUCUGGCAAUCAAGAAGAAGAAGAGAAAUCCCACAAAAGUUUCCAUUAUACUCAUAAUAAUCCUAAAAUUCAUGAGUGUUCAAUAUGUGGUUCAAAGUUUUCGUCUGGACAAGCAUUGGGAGGACACAUGAGAAGACAUAGGAACCCUAAUAGUACAAGAGUUAAUGAAUCAUCAUCCAAUGAUGGUGAAAAGCCUAGAAAUAUUCUUGCAUUGGAUCUCAACCUGCCAGCUCCGGCCGAAGACAAUCACCGGCCGGUGUCGGGGCCGAGGCCGAAUUUUCAGUUUUCUUCCAACCAUCAAGGUCUAACCUUCUCCGCCGUGGCUUUGGUGGAUUGCCACUACUAGGAGAAAGAGAAUGGAUUGAUAAUUAUUGUUCUAUGUGAAAAAUUUACUCACAAAUUUUUUUCCCCCUUACUGUCAAGAGUUAUUAUUUCAUUAAUUAAUCUUUGAACACUUUAUUGGUUUU